ACCUAGUCUUUCGGACUUGUUGACCGAAGUUGUGGUUUCAAUCGCGGCGGUUAUAUUUUUUUGAAUUGCUUCUUCACUUGCUUCUUUCACACCGCAAACGGUUUGUGUCAUUACCCCUUUGCUUAUGUUCGGGUUGCUCCCGAUUCCCGGCUAUCACUUUCACUUGCUGCGCACAUACCGCUUUACCUUUUACCUAGGUACCUUCACACACCCCGCGCCCGCCUGCCUGCCCACAUUCAAUCAACACCAUCGCGCGCCCGCUGUCGACUUAAACCUCAACCGCCAGCAAUCUUCGGCCUCAGCUGCUUAUUCCUUCACUCCCAGUAACGCCUACACCACCGGUGACGCAGAUCCAGCAAACCGGUAUUUCUUCUUCUAUAGCACAACUACAACAAUGGCUACCACGAUAACCAAGAUCACGUCGCUAGGUUCUCAAUACUCGGCCUCGGGCGCCCCAUCCGUGCCAAAUCCGACCCCGGCCACUGAGACUCUCGAAAACCAGGUCAUCGACCCUCCCCCGCUAAUGGACUUCGCUGCUGUCGCAAAAAUCCUCGGGCCUAUUCAAGAGUCGCUCAACGAGUCAGCCGAGGAGGCCAUGUAUCCAUCGCCGCCCAUCAACACGCCCGAGAUACUCUCUCCAGAUCCUUCCGUGUACCGGUACCAGACUCGUAGUCGCGGCUUCAGCGUGAUCGGCGAUAGACUCGCCAGAUUGAAGAUCGACCACCGCAAGUUCCCUCAUCGCGACCCAGACGUGACUUCCAGCAGUCGCUCAAAAGAGCCCUCCAUUACUGAAGAUGAGGAGUGUGAUAUGGCUAGCAUUGGCGAGAUGCUGAGUGAUGGCGGUAAGGACAAGCAUGGUCCUGGACAUGGUAGUUCUCCCACGGUCAAUCCACGUAUCGAAGAGUACCUGUCCUUCACCUCCAAGGACCUGCCUACAAAGGCCCCUACCCCUCGCUUCGCCUCUACGCUUGUAGAGAACGCCUCGUCAUCGUCAUUGACCAGGACGGACAUUGACAAGGAGAGCUUGAACAGCCGCAACAGUAUGAAAAGCGAUGACGGUGUCACAGAGAAAAGCAACUGGGCCGAAGAGGUAGAGGAGAGUGUUGACCGCGCCUGCAUGCGCCUCGAGCAGUUGGCCCGCGACGAGUUUGUUACCAAUCCUAGCAAGAGCAUUGAGGACUACUACAUUGCUCGACUGAAGCGCUUGCUCGGCAGCGGCAAGAGAGUUGUCCCAGUCGACAUCCAGAAGAAAGAUCACGACCUACAUGAGUAGGCGAAGAUAUUUGCAUAACUAUGACGAAGAGUUAUCUUAUGACUGCACCAUGACUGAACUCUCAAGACGCUCAGUGCAUUGUUCAGGAGGCGCGAAGUAGUGACUGGCUUCCACGAUCUAGGUAGCAGUCCAACUUGAUUUGCUCGACCCUAGGUUUCUGUAUAGACAGCAUCUUCUUCACGGUGUUUGAUACCCACAGUCUCCAAUGGAUGUGCGUGAAAGUCUCACGUAUGGCUUUUUCAAAA